GCAUUCUUAGCUCGCUGCGCGGGCGUGCGUGCGUACUACGUACGUGUGGUGAGAUGGACGCCUUUCUGAAAGGCUCGUCUAGCAGCAAACCGAAGUCGCAGGAGAAGUCUAAGGCAGCACCGAAACCUCAAAAAAGCAUUCCGUGGGUCGAGAAAUACCGCCCGCGUUCAGUGGAAGACGUAGCGCAUCAAGACGAGGUCGUUGCAGUGCUAAAGAAGAGCUUGCAGGGAUCAGAUCUUCCAAACCUACUUUUCUAUGGACCGCCAGGAACUGGCAAGACGUCGGCGAUUCUGGCCGUAGCUAAGCAGCUAUUUGGGUGGGAGCUGUACCGUUCUCGUGUUUUGGAACUGAAUGCGUCCGACGAGAGAGGGAUACAGGUAAUUCGGGAGAAAGUGAAGGGAUUCUCCCAGCAAAGUGUGUCCGCUGUUCGGACCGAUGGUAAACCAUGUCCUCCAUUCAAGAUUGUUAUUCUCGAUGAGGCUGACUCAAUGACUUCUGCAGCACAGGCUGCUCUCAGAAGAACAAUGGAAAGAGAGUCAAAAUCGACUCGUUUUUGCCUCAUCUGCAAUUACAUCAGUCGGAUUAUUGAGCCUCUCACGUCGAGAUGUUCAAAGUUUCGUUUCAAGCCUCUGGCAGUGGAUAUUCUGAGAGAGAGGCUGCAGCACAUUGCUAACAAGGAGAACGUUACUUGCUCUGAUGAGGUUAUCGACACAAUUGUGGAGACUUCUGAAGGAGAUUUGAGAAAGGCCAUCACCUAUCUUCAAAGUGCAGCCAGGCUGAAAGGAUCUGAGGAGAUUGACAAACAAGACGUGCUAGAAAUUGCAGCGAUAGUUCCGGAAUCAUUCAUCGAGUCUGUCUUCAAAGCCUGUCACUCUGACUCCUACGAAAGACUCGAUGCCUCUGUGAAGGAGUGAUAGCGGAGGAGAUUUCUGCUUCCCAGACCCUCCGUCAACUCCACGAUAGACUCGUCUCCAUGGACCCUGUCUGAUACACAAAGUCUGUGGUUGCCGAGAAGAUGGGGGUAAACUAUAAUACUAAAGUUGUGAUACACGAUGCCAACUUUGGUACGUGGGAUAAAGUCCCAUGGAACGUAAAAAUAUGGCCCGCCCCCCGCCGCCCCUCACCCCAGUCAUACAUGGGUCUUAGAAAGUCACUCAUUUCUCCAACAUGCUUAUGAUAUAUAGCACGUGACUACACGUCUCGGCAGUGUACAGUACUAAUGAUUCACUCUCUCUCUAAUAACCAAA